CCUAGAAUUAGAUAUAAUUCUAUUCAAACAGGUUCGAAGUGUUUGGGACGAGUUCUAGUGAGUGAUGUCUAAGUGUUUAAAUAUUAACUAAUAGCCAAAGUGAAUUUUAAUGAAGAUCAUGCAGACCACGCAACCAGUGAGUCUCCAGUCGCAAAGGAUCCAGGGGCUCUAUCUUCUGGACAAUAACGACAGCUCUGGAAUUCCUCACAGUGCUGAAAGCUCGGCUAGUAACUCUCCUGAUCACUAUGAAAGGUUUUCCCCUCCGACACACUUAAUGGAUCUAAGCAGUCCACCUGAGCACAGGGAUCUACCUAUAUAUCAACCUCAUCAUCAUCUUCAUCAUCAUCAAGUACUUUAUCAACAAUCCUCUUACCUGAUGUAUGAAAAUCCUGAUGAUCCUGAAAAAAGGUAUCAAGAACAUCCCAAUGGAAAGAUCCUUAGGGAACUUCAAACUGACUAUGAUAGACGUCUUCAUGAUAAUUCUCCAGGUUUUUUGUCAGAUCAUAGCAGAGAUCAAGAACAAAAUCUUUAUUUAACUCCAUCCCCUCAGAUGUAUUCCUCUGGAGGGGAAGAAAUGACACCUAGACAAUCUCAUCAAAGUUAUCAUCACAUGGAUUCGGUUGAGUACAAGCCGGAAAUAAUGGAAUACAAACCGGAUGUAGAAGAGCAGCGAUACAAGCAGGUGGAGAUGAGUCAAAUCACGGAACCCUCCUCUUCAACCAAAAGUUAUGUACUUGAAGGAUCCAGAAACGGUGGAAAGAGAAAAAGAAAAUCGAGUACUAUUGAAAAUGAAUCUGAAACAGAAAGUAACGCUUCUUCGACAAAAACGAAGGUGAGAAGGAAAAGUGGAGCGACGUUUGAAGAAAUUCAAAAUCAGAGAGUGAUGGCCAAUGUGAGAGAAAGACAAAGGACUCAAAGUUUGAAUGAAGCAUUUGCUGCACUUAGAAAGAUUAUACCAACGUUACCAAGUGACAAGUUGAGCAAGAUUCAAACAUUAAAAUUAGCUACCAGAUACAUUGACUUCCUGUUCCAGGUAUUGCAUUGCAAUAUGGAGAACACUGAGGGUGCUGAUGAUACUGGCGAAAGAAAUCCAAGAAGCGCCGUUCUAGCCGCCAGAGAAAUAACUUCAUCGUCGUGCAGCUACAUGGCUCACGAAAAACUUUCAUACGCUUUUAGCGUUUGGAGGAUGGAAGAUGAUUGGAAUUCGAAUCUCUAGAAACUUUAAAAAAUAUUUUUUGAACGCUCAACAAGUUCCACCAACACCGGAAGUUCUAUUGCGGAAGCGGAUGAUGUUUAAUGGAUAAAGGAUCGUCGCAUAAUACCUAGUUGACAUUACUAGAGUACUCGUAACGAAUCCAGGCGCGAAACAUAUGGAUAUUCCCAGAUCGUAAAUUCGAAGAAACAUCUUAGAAAGACAAGGAACGAAACAGUGUCUGAUAAAUAAUUUACCAAAUGCCAGCCGAUGGCAAGCUUAAUGGAUUAGACGAGUCAGUGCAAAUAUUAUUGCAAGGAAACGGCAGUUAGCAACGCCCAGUUUGUCCGAUUGGUCAAAAAUGAUGUCAACCGGCUGUCUUUUGGCCAAUCAACGUACACCGGAUGUUCGUCGGAUCUUUUCAAUACAAUUCUCUCCACUAUGUUUUCUAUGUCGUAAGGGUAUUGUGAUUAUUUUUCUAAUGAAAUCUUCAAUAUUACUUCAUUUCGA